AUUGAACCAUAAACGUACACAUAAUAUAUUAAUAGUAAUAGUAUUAAUGUUCACUAAAAAGAAUAAAUAAAUAAGACAAUUCUGUAUUUACAUUUGUGUAGUGAUUAGUGAUUACGGACAGUUUCAUUGAUACGCGGCAAUCGUAUUCGUGAUAUUAGUUUUUUUUUCUUCUGUUUGACUUGUGAAUAUUGCUCCAAAUAAACAGACUUUGUGUUGUUUUUAUUUACCCAUUCUUCGGUCGGGAAUGUAUUUGCGUAGAUGAUAACAGAACGGCACAGGGACAAUGGUAUCCUCGUCGAUAUUGAUAAGUGUGCGCGCGUGAACUUAGCCGUGUGUACGACGCGACAGCACAGUCAACAGCAGUAGCAGCUGCAGCAUCAGAAACAUGGGUGGCGCAAUAAAAUGCACUGACUAGACACCACCGAUGUAACGUUUAUUUUUUAAAGCCAAUUUUUUAUUGAAAUAUGUCUGCUGAUCCUUCUGAAUCAAACAGUCAGAUAACAGACAACAUCAAGUCCAUUCGAAGUAUAGAAAUCAGUUCAGCAUUCACACAACUAUCGCAAAAAACAGAAAUGACUCGUGAAUCAAUGGUGGGUAGUUACAAUACAGAAGAAGCAUUGCGAGACAAACCUUUAGAAUUAGUUCGACCAACUAAUCACGUUCAUGAACAUACAAUACAUCAUCAAAUAUUGGAGUUAAAAAAGCAGCAACAACUACAACAACAGUAUUUACUAGAACAAUUUCAAGCUCAACAACAACAACUAGCUGUGCAACAUGAACAGCAACUUCGGCAACAUCUUAAAGACCUUUGGGAAAAAAAACGGGAACUUGAAGAAAAAGAACAACGUGAAAAAAAGGAAGAGGAAAAAUUGGAAACUAUUAAGAAAAAAGAAAAACAUCAACCUAGUGCUAUUGCAUCAUCUGAAGUAAAGCAAAUCUUACAGGGGUUUUUACUCAGUAAAAAACAUCGAGGAGCCGCAUCCAGCAGUUCUAUUCAAUCCCAGCAAUCGUAUCCUAGUUGGGGUGUCUUACAGACUCAACAGUCGGCACCAAAUGUUAUGCCUGGUAGUUUAAGUUCAUCAUCUAGUGGAACUAAUAUUACACCUUACAGACUUGUUGGGCAUUACGAAGAUGAUUUCCAACUUAGAAGAACAGCGUCUGAACCGGAUUUGAAAAUCAGAUUGCCCCUGCGUACGUACGAAAGACAACGUAACAAUCCAAUCGCACGGCCCAAAGGAAAAGGCAGCAGAGUGUCUACGCUUGCAAUUGAGACGUCGCCUUCAAGUAGUACUCCCGGUUCUGGACCUAAUUCACCCCCUAUUAUUAUACCAAAUUGUAGAAAUUCACCUUCAACUGGGGCUACUACUCCGAUCAAAGAAGGAGGAGAAAUGACAUUUGGCCAUAUGUCUAAUAAGAAAUCAGAUCAAAGUGGUAGUAUCACUGAUCUCUCAGCAUUGUAUACAAGUCCUUCCAUGCCAAAUAUUUCGAUGGGUAGACCACCGUCCAAUUCGGACGGUUCAAAGUUGACAUCUCUUUCGGAAGCUGAAGUUCGUGCAGCCUUUACUACGAAAUGGGGUGUACCUCUUACUAAUCAAAUGUUGACUAGUACAUUGCCGUUUUAUCCUACUCUUCCAAUUCAAGAUACAUCCCAAACUUUAAUUCAAAAACAAAUGCAAAGCCUUGAGUCCAGGCAAAGUGAUAUUCCAACUUUUCAUCCAGCACCUAUAACAGACACUCAAGUAGCAAAUCGCAAAAUUAUUAAGGCUGGACACAGACAAAUAGGCCGUACACAAUCAGCACCAUUACCUCUUGGACAUCCGAUGUUGAAUAGCUCUAUACCUGGUCAACAGCUAAGUGUUCAUCCUGAAGAAUUACCACAUCAACAACUUAGUACAGAUAUUCUAAAACAACAUAUUCGACAAACCGUGUUGAUACGAGCUCAAAGUCGAGCUCAAUUGGCUAACAAUAGUUUUAUAAACGAAGAUCAAGAAGAUAAUUCAAAGGUAAUUGAUUUAACUGGAGGACCAAGAAAUUCUACAGAUAAUGGUUUAAUAAAUAAAAGUCAAUUAUUUUUGCAACAACAACGAGACUUCAAAAUGCGCCAAUCGUCUCAAUCAAAUGAUGUUUCAUUAUUUGCAAAUCGAAAUACUCAUACUGCAUUACCUUUAGUUAGAACUUAUUCCAGUCCUUUAGACGUUGUUGCUGUAAGUACAGGAAGCAAUAAUUCUGACACAUAUACAUCAUCAUCGCCUUACCUUUCAUCAACUAGCAUGAAUUCUUCUGGUGCUAAAUUGUCAGGAAGUCCACAUCGUCCUACUACUGGAUUGGCAUUUGACAGUUUAAUGUUAAAACAUGCUUGCAAAUGUGGUAAUAAUGCUAUACAUCCUGAACAUAGUGGACGGCUUCAGAGUGUAUGGGCCCGAUUGAUUGAAACAGGAUUAGCAAGACGAUGUGAUAAGUUAAGACCACGAAAAGCUACAAUAGAAGAAUUACAAACUUGUCAUACAGAACCUCAUACUCUUUUAUUUGGUACUAAUCCUUCCAGUCGGCAAAAAAUGGAUAGUUCUAAAUUAGCCGAAUUACCAGUGAAAGCUUUAGUACGAUUACCUUGUGGUGGAUUAGGUGUUGACUCUGAUACUACAUGGAACGAUCUACAUACUGCUCCUGCUGCUCGCAUGGCAGUUGGAUGCGUCAUUGAUUUAGCUUUUAAAACUACCUUGGGUGAUAUAAAAAAUGGGUUUGCAAUUGUUCGUCCUCCUGGCCAUCAUGCUGAAGCCAAUCAAGCUAUGGGAUUUUGUUUUUUUAAUUCAAUUGCUGUUGCUUGUCGUUUAUUGCAACAACGACAAGGUGUACGACGUAUAUUAAUUGUUGAUUGGGACGUUCACCAUGGUAAUGGAACUCAACAAAUUUUCUAUGAUGAUCGGAAUGUACUUUAUUUAUCUAUUCAUCGUCAUGAUGAAGGAAAUUUCUUUCCAGGGACUGGAGCUCCUGAAGAGUGUGGUACUGCCAGUGGUUUGGGUUACAAUGUAAAUAUUGCAUGGAGUGGUGGUCUACAUCCUCCAUUAGGUGAUGCUGAAUAUUUAGCUGCUUUUCGUACAGUUGUUAUGCCAAUUGCCCGGGAUUAUGCUCCAGAAAUUAUACUGGUAUCUGCAGGUUUUGAUGCAGCUUCAGGUCAUCCAGCUCCAUUGGGUGGAUAUAACGUCACACCAGCUUGUUUUGCAUACAUGACUCAGCAAUUAAUGCAAUUAGCUGAUGGGAAGGUUAUUUUAUCAUUGGAAGGUGGAUAUGAUCUAACAGCUAUAUGCGAUAGUGCUGAAGAGUGUGUAAGAGCACUACUUGAAGAUGAUGUGACACCAAUUGUUGAGUCUGAAUUACACCGUACUCCUUGUCAAAAUGCUAUAAAAACAUUGCAAAAGACCAUAGCUAUACAGCUUCCCUAUUGGCCCGUUCUAAAAAAACUGGCACACACUGUUUCAUGCAGUGCUGUGGAAGCUACGCUUUGUGAAGAAAAUGAGACAGUAAGUGCUAUGGCUUCGUUGUCCAUGACCAGACACAGAAUACAAAGUUCAGAACCUAGUGAAGAACCAAUGGAAGAAGACUGCGAAGAUGAUAAAUAGAUAUUUAUUCAAUAUAAUUGUAUAUUAUUGUUUGAUUUGUAUAUGUUCAAAUUUUGAAAAUUUGUUUAUUCCUGCCACUUAAAAGAUUAGAUAUCAUUGCAUUACACUAAAGAAAUAAGUAAACAAAUAUAAUGAUAAUUCAUUUUUAAGAACAUAAUGUGGAAUGACACGAAUAUUUGUUUAUUAA